AUGUGUAUCAUAAGUCCUAUGUUGUUACUUGCUCUAUCAAUUUUUGCCACCUUUUCCAUAUCGGUAAAUGCUGGUCUACUGGAUUACAUAUAUCCUGCCAUCAAGACGGAGUUCUACAGCCAAGUGCCCACAAAGGAGGGUUAUCGCUUCAAACUGGAGGAGCCAAAUGGCAGUAAACGCGAGGAAAUCGGUGUUGUAAUGAAUCCAGAUACACCAGAUGAACAACUAGUCAUAAUGGGUAUGUACACAGUGUACGAUGAGAAGACCGAUACGGAGACAGUGACGAUGUAUACAGCGGACAAGGAUGGUUACAAGCCGCGCUAUAUGUUGAAGAAUCGUAAAUUAAGUGCAAAAGCUUUAAUGUCUGGGGCCGGUUAAACAAAGAAGUGCAGCAAUAGUUGCUCUUCCACAAUUGUAUAGACGAAGCUGCCCAUACUUGAAGUAAUACUUGUAAA